AUGUCCCAAGACACUGGCCUUUGGAGCGUUCGCAGACCAAGAGAGACACUCGGAGGCCUCAACAUGAACACCGCAAUACCCGCGCCCGGCUCGACCAUGAAGCGCUCCAACUCGAGCAACCCAAAUUACACUGGCGGCCAUGUCCGAUCCAUGUCGGGAUCUAGGCAGUCCCUGGCCAUGUCGCGACCCAGCCAGCCGCUCUUCCAGCGCUCCUCGUCCGGCACGAACCUCACCGAGAUUGGCCUGUCAUCCGUCAAGCGCUCGUCCUUUCAACAGCCCAAAGGCGCCUUCUCCUCUGGCGUCCCCCAGACUCCUGCCCACGCGAGGGCGUCCAUGGAUGGCGACCGACGGAGCAGCGUCUACCGCCCGCGACAGUCGACGGCCGCACCCGUUCACCACCAAAGCUUCUUUCAGACGACACUGCAGCCCGCCGGUGUUCCGCGCGAUCCUCGCCCGCUCAAGGACCGGUCCUUCCAAACGCGCAUCGGUCAGGAGCUACUAGAGUACAUGGCUCGGAACGAUUUCGAGUCGCAGAUGAAUCACGUCCUGUCGCCCAACGUCAUGAAGUCGCCUACACAAAAAGACUUCAACUUCAUGUUCCAAUGGCUGUACCAUCGCAUCGACCCGAGCCAUAGGUUCCUCAAGAAUAUCGACCAGGAAGUGCCGCCGAUUCUGAAGCAGCUGAGAUACCCAUUUGAAAGGAGCAUCACCAAGAGCCAGCUCGCCGCCGUAGGUGGCCAGAACUGGAGCACGUUCCUGGGUCUACUGCAUUGGAUGAUGCAGCUGGCUCAGAUGCUGGACGGCUAUCUCGCCAACAAGUACGUGGACGACUGUCUCGAGGCCGGCGUCGAUGUCAGCGGUGAUCACGUCAUCUUUGACUUCCUCAGCAGCGCCUAUAGGGACUGGCUCUCCAUGGACGAAGACACGAGCGACGAGGAUGCGGAAAGGGUGCUGGCACCACACGUCGAGGCCAUGGCGCAAGCAUUCGAGCACUCGCGAUCCAAGUACACCUCGGAGCUAGAUAUGCUCGAGGCCGAAAACGCACGAUUGCUCAAGGAAAUCGAAGACCUGGAAAAGUCUACACCAGAUCCGGCCGUCCUGGACAACAACUUUAAGAUUAUGGAGGAAGACAAGAUCAAGUUCGAGGAGUACAACACGCUCGCCGUUCAGCGGUCCGAAAAAUACGAGAGCCGCAUCCAGGUCCUCCAAGAAGAACUCGAGAAGUUGGCAGACGAGCUGAAAGACGCCGAAGAGGAGCGCCGCAGCCUCCAGAAAGCCGUCGACGCCCAGGGCAUCAGCAUGCAGGAUAUCGACCGCAUGACUGCCGAGCGGGAACGGCUUCAAAAGGGGAUCGAGUCCGCUAGCCACCGCCUCGAAGAGGUGAAGAAGAAGGCGGCAGAGAAAGAGUCGGAGGCCAGCUACAAGCUUGAUGAGCUAGAGCGCAUGGUGGACAAGUACAACACGCUCGCAUACCAAAUCGCCCUGAUCCCAGCCACAGCAGCCAACGCCAACGGCCGCAACUACGAGCUCCAGGUCAUGGUCAACGACACGUCCGACUUCACGUCAAGCAAUCUGCAAGGCUCGGGGAGCGGACACUCGGCGGCCGAGCGCCUGCUGGUGGACGCUACUACCGGCUACCAGCCCGGACACAUCCUGAACCUGGACCUCCGCGGCCAGAUCCGCAGCAGCUUCGUGUCGCUGCGCAAGGAGAUUUCCGAGCGCCGCAGCGCUGCCAUGGACGACAUGAUGAAAGACCACGAUCUGCUGGACGGCAUCAAGGAGGCCAUCGAGGACAAGCGCAGCGAGGUCGACGCGCUGAAUCACCGGGUCCGCGCGGCCGAGGAAGAGUACGAGAAGACCAAGGAGGUGACGACGGCGCAGAAGAUGGGCUCGGACGCGCAGAUCGAGAAGAUGGAGAAGGAGCUGUCGAGGAUGCGCGCCGGCCUGACCGAGUCGGUCCAGCUGCUUGAGCAGCGGGAAAUCAACACGACCAUCGAGUACGAACAGCUGGUCCUCCGCGCGAGCUCCCUACGAGAAGAGCUGCACACGGAAAUCGACCGCAUGCUCAACGACGUCAUCAAGUUCAAGAUCCACGUACAAAAGAACCUGGACGACUAUGAGGGCUUCGUCGCCGACGAGCUGGAGAAGGAGCUGGGCGUCGAGGAGCCGCGCGACGAAACGCAGGCCAUGGAUAUGUAA